AUAAAUACAACUAAAAUGGCCCCCCUUCUCUCCACUUGCUACUCACUCACUACUCAGCAGCUGCAGCUUCUCCAGGUCCACCCUACCACCCAAAACCAAAACCAAAACCAAAAGCACUUUUCUCACUUUUACCAACCUUCUCCCUUCUCCUCCUUUGCUUUCAACAACCUUAACUCCGGCCACCGCCCUCCGCCACCACUCGCCACCUCAAACCGAAAAAAAGGACCAAAAGACAAAAAAAUGGAUUCCAACAACAUCAACAACUUCGGCGCUGCUUCCAGACCGUCCCCGACAUCAUCGACUGACAUGGAGCAGAUGUCGGAGACCCCUCAGCGCGGGUCCCACCACCGCCGGGCCCACUCCGACACCUCCUUCCGCAUCCCCAACUUCGACGACCUCCUCCUCUUCGACCCUUCCGACCUCGACCUCUCCUGCCUCCCCUCCCCAACCCUCCUGCCACGUGGCGGCAACAGCAGCAACAACAACAUCCCCAUGUCCCUCGACUCCGACGACUCCUCGGAGGGCCAACCACCCAACCCCUUCUCCUCCACCCCCAAGCCUGCCGCUUCCUCCGGCUCCACGGCCACCGCUGCCCACCUCCGGAGCCUCUCCGUCGAUUCCGACUUCUUCGACGGCCUGGGCCUGGGGGAUUCCGGCAGGGAAGUGAGCGGGGGGCAGAGGUCUGGGUCCCACCACAGGCACAGCAGCUCGAUGGACGGCUCGUCUUUCGAUGCGGACUCGUCGGUGAUGACGCUGAACGGCUUCAAGAAGUCCGUUGCUCCUGAGAGACUUGCUGAGCUCUCUCUGAUUGACCCUAAGAGAGCCAAAAGGAUAUUAGCUAAUAGGCAAUCGGCUGCGAGGUCAAAGGAGAGGAAGGUGAGGUAUACGAAUGAGCUGGAGAGGAAGGUGCAGACGCUUCAGACGGAAGCAACCACCCUCUCAGCACAGGUCACUCUGUUACAGAGAGACACUACUGUCAUAACUGCUGAGAAUAAGGAGCUCAAACUUCGCCUACAGGCUCUGGAGCAACAAGCACAGCUUAGAGAUGCUUUGAAUGAGAAACUUAAGGAGGAAGUGCAGCGGCUUAAGAUUGAAACCAACCAAAUCCCACCCGGGGCUGGGAAUGGAAACCCUUUCUACCGAGGGCUUCCCCCUCAAUAUGGUCAGACCCAGCACCACCAGAACCACAACCAGCAGAACCAGCACCAGCAGCAUCACAACCAGAAUGUCACCAAUGGGCAGGCUCACCCGAGCUUUAUGGACUUCAACGGGAGGGCAUAGAAACUCUCGAAGAAGUCAUUAACCACAGUUUAGGUUGUCAUCACUGCAAGAUAUGCUUACAAGUGGCGAGUCUUAUCUCAUUUCGUCGCCUCUUUAGAAAACAUUUCUUGUACAUGGGGUGCCACGGUUGCCGUAUCCAAGCCUACUACAUUAUGACGUAUAAUUCGUUUGGAUACCGCCACUGUCAUAUCCCGGGUCGGGAUGGAACAAAAACACCUUAUUUAUGGAGCAAUCCUUCUCUUCGCCCGGGUGGACUGCCUCCGAGAGUGGCGGUGGGAUCGAAGGGUGGGGCGGGUGGGCCAUAAACGCCGAUGGAGGGUUUUGGGUUUGGUUGUAUUGCUGGCAGAGUCUUGACUGUCGGACCUGAGAAUUUCUCCAUGUAUGAGUGGAGGGUAGAAAAUAAGGGCAAUUUGUUGUGUGAUAAAAGGAUAACAAUAAUUGUGCUUCUUGUCAAAGAAAGAAAUUAUUUGGUGUUA